UUGCGCUUCACUUUUGUCUCCAGCUGUCCGCGUUAGAGAUACAGUUUGGGUACAGCAAGUUUAGUCAUUACAAAAAUUAAAUUUUCACAAAAAUAAGAUGUCGGGACGAUGAAGCGACUCCUCGGUCCUGCAGGCUGAGUGUCACUGAGAGAGACGCAUGCAGCAGUGCUCACCGCCAGUUUCAGAGGAAGGAGAUGAAAUGUCUGCUGUUAAAGAGAAGCCGGGUCGACUCUCUGAUCAGAGAAGGAUCAGUGAGAACUCGAAGGUGUACCGGUGGCCCGAACAAGCCGCUUACCUCCUGCAAGGUUUAAAUGAGCAGCGAGAAUGCGGUCAGUUGUGUGACGUGGUGUUGGUGGCGAACGGGAGACGUAUCCACGCCCACCGCGCCCUCCUGGCCGUGUCCAGCCCGUACUUCCAAGCCAUGUUCACGCUUGGUAUGAAAGAGGAACGUCAAGCUGAAGUGGAGCUCGUAGGCGCCUCGUACGUCGGGGUUAAAGCGGUCGUGGACUUCCUCUAUAGCGGCGAGUUACCCCUCGAUGGUGGAAACAUCGACUACGUCCUGGAGACGGCUCACCUGCUGCAGGUCUGGCAGGCUGUCGAUUUCUGUUGUCAGUACCUGGAGAAAGAGGUGAACGAGGACAACUAUCUGUACCUGCAAGAGCUGGCGAUGCUUUACAGCUUGGAGCGACUCGAUGCCUUCGUAGACCGCUUCAUUCUGGAGCGAUUCACCUCACUAUCCGGCACGCCCAAGUUCUUAAAAGAUGUCGGACUGUCCAAACUCUGUUCCUACAUAGCCAGCGAAGACGUGCAGCACGAGAGCGAGCAAGCCCUCCUUCAGGCAGCGAUUCAAUGGCUCAACCAGAAGCCUGAGCGCUUGCCGUUCGCCCGUCAGCUCCUGUGCCACAUCCGCUUGGCCCUGAUUCCACCGGUGGAGCUGGCGGAGCACGUCCUGCCUGCUGUACGCUCUUUGUUGCCUGCAGAUUCAGGCUGCCAGGCGCUGGUGGAGGAAGCCCUAAGCUACCAUGCUCACGUCAGUGCCCAGCCCGUACUACAGACAGCACAGUCAGCUCUGAGAGGAGGAGUGGAGCGCCUGUUGCUGGUCGGAGGAGAGGUGUACGAGCGUGGUGAAGAGCUGAGUACCGACGUGAGCUGGCUAGAUGAAGAAGCAGGAGUGUGGGUGGUGGAGACGCAACUACCCGCUCAGAGGAGCCACCACUGUGUGGCGGUGUUGGGCGGGUUCAUCUUUAUCGCCGGGGGGAGCUCAUCACGGGAUAACGGAGGAGACGCAGCAAGUAACGUACUCUACCGAUUCGAUCCACGGAACAACACGUGGUCCAAGGGUGCCAGUAUGAACCAGCGUCGAGUGGAUUUCUAUCUGGGAACCAUGGGAGACUGUGUGAUUGCUGUCGGGGGACGCAAUGAAAGCGGUGCUCUAUCAUCUGUUGAGGUCUACCAUCCGGUGGAGGACUACUGGAGCUAUGUAGCAGGCCUGCCAAGGUUAACUUAUGGUCAUGCAGGCACCACACACAAAGGCGUAGUGUACAUCUCAGGAGGCCAUGACUAUCAGAUCGGACCUUACCGACGCGACAUGCUCAGUUACGCCCCUUCUGCCAGCGACACGUGGACAGAGCGGCAGGCCAUGACGCUGGCUCGUGGCUGGCAUUGCAUGGCGUCACUUCACGACCGGAUCUAUGUAAUCGGUGGCAGUGAUGACCACGAGGACAGCAUGGAGCGCUUUGAUGUGCUAGAAGUAGAGGCCUAUGACCCGCACACCGAGCAGUGGAGCACUGUAGCGCCGCUGCGCCACCCGAACAGCGAAGCAGCUGUUGCUGUCUGGGACAGUAAGAUCUAUGUAAUGGGAGGCUACACCUGGGAGCACAUGGACUUCUCAGAAAACACUCAGGUGUUCGUUCCCGAGAAAGGCCAGUGGGUGAUGGGACCUAACCUGCCCAGGUACAUUGCCGGAGCCUCGGCGUGUGUAUGCACGGUCCGAGCUCGGCAGUGCUGCAGCACUGAACAGAACAGGACAGGAGGGAAGGAGAAAGACAAGCAAAACACGAGUCAGAGACAAGACAGAUGACUGGAAGUGCAAAAGCAGUGGUUCGAUAAUGUGCCCUAAGGGGGCAGUUAUUCUCCCAAACAUGCAGGUUACAGCACCAAGCACACAAGCCUUUAUCAGAUAUCAGUAUUUGUAGGCUGCUUAUGGAGGACUUUGUCUGAAUUUAGCUGAAACAAGUUGGAAUCUGACGGUUACGAAGGUGUGAUGUGAGUUGUGCGCCUUCAGUCAUUUACCAUUCAGGGUUAUUCCGUGCUGUAGGAGUAACAUGGUGUGUCGCUCAGGCUUGUGCUAAAAAGGUGUGCUUCAUCGCUGGGUUGUGUGAAAAGUUUGCAUUUCUCAAUAAUGACAUGGAAGAGUACAAGCAAUCAUUUUAUUCAUUCUCUUAGUUUAUUUUUUGUGUAUGGCACAAAGACAGUUUGGCACAAACACUGUCUGAUGAUUUAUUAAACAACUUGUUAGGGUAAACAUUGUUUGGGUUCUAAAUUGAAGCACCCACAAUGAGAUAAAGUCAGCAUCUGUAAGUCUUAUGUAUCCAGCCUUAACGACCCUUCACUUAAAGGGGUAGUUAGGAUGAGAUUUGAACCUGUUCAACAAAAACACAAAACAUACCAUUAUUACACAUUGAUAUGUUUUCAUUUUUGGGCUGCUCUGUAAAAACAGCUACAUUUUAAACAGCUAGAAUUGCAGUGUAAGCCGUGUGUUUACUCUUACUGUUCAAAGACGGCGGCCUUCCAGCCACGGUUCAGAGACCUAAGCGUACUCAUGUCCUCCGCGUCCAGGCAGAAAUCAAAGAUCUGCAAUUGCACAUCAGGACAUGGUUGUAGGCGUUACAGGAAAUGGCUUUAUUCUGAAAUACUCUUCAUCUAAACCAACCUACAAUUUGCUUAAAAAUAAAAUGUGAAAGUAAGUUUCAGACGAACAUUAAGAUCUGAUGUUAAAUGCAAGUGGUUAUCGUUGGAAAGCUGAAUCUAAAACUGUUUUCUGUUAUUUUCUUCUUUCCUCUUCAAACAGCAAUGUUCUCAUGAAUAUUUAUAUUCAUAAAAUAAAUAAAUACAGUUGAACCUUG